AGUAGUCUUAUACUAGUUCUGAAUUCCUUUAUUUCAGAGGGACAUUAGCUUCAAGGGAACUGCUGCUUGUUGUGCUGUAGCUAGCUACCUCACAUGAAAACCAGGAGACUGAUUGUCACUUGCUUCUUUUUUUCUUUCUUUCUGGUGAGUUUUUCUUGAGUUGUAAGGGAGGGAAGGUGACGUUGACGUGUCUCUAAGCCCUGCUUCUGCUUGCAUUGGUUUGCAUCUGCAUCUGCUCUGCCGGCUAUUUCCCUUGGCUCAACAACCAUUCUAUUCCAUGGGCGGUAGCGGUAGGAGGAGCCGAGAGAGGAGUCGGCCCUCUGCUUCCGGAGCCGCAGUUCUUGGAUGGUUUCUUACAGAAUGCUUGGGCUGGAGUCUCAUUAACAACGAGCCCUGCGCUAGCAGCUGUCGAUGAUGAUACCGUGCCGGGGGUGGUUGGCAGAUGAGAUGAGAUGAGAUAAUAGAUAUGGGAGACGUUGUCAUGUUGCAGCCGCUGCUGACGCUUCCAAGCUCAUCAGUUUCCCUCUGGUUUUCGUCGCACUGCACUGCACGGCUUUGUUUUUCUCUUCUCUUUCCUUCAGCCUGGAGCUCAGAAGCUCAAGGCAAUGCACAUAAGAAGCGAGACGACGACGACGAUGCUUCAUUUGUUUUGUUUGACUUGUUGGUUUCUUAUAGUAAUGAUGAAUUGAGGUCAUCGAUCCAACAGGAACAGGUCUGGCAACGCAUCCUGAUUCCUGCCCGCCUGCAUGUGCCUGGGAUCGAUAUUCAUUCGCAACUCUUCGACUGGUAGGAGCUGCUUGCUAACAGCAUUUCAGUCCCGUCCCUCCCCCGCAGAGCAGCAUGUCUCCCCCUGCAGCUGCAGGCUCUAAUGGACAUCACCAGCACAUGGCUCCUUGGCUCGAAUCUGGGACGGCGAGGAAGCGCUUCACCUGGAAAGCCCCCGCAAUCGUUCUUGUGUUCGAAUUGCUGGAGAGCAUCGCGUUUUCCGGAGUGGCGCUGAACCUGGUGGUGUACCUGGGCACAGUGCUGCACGGGAGCACCGCCUUCAACGCCGCCCAUGUCGACACCUGGAACGGCACCACCUUCAUCGUCCCCGUCAUCGGCGCCUUCCUCGCCGACAGCUACUGGGGCAAGUACAGGACCAUCCUGGCAUCCAUCGCAUUCUACCUCAUCGGCCUGGUGCUCCUGACCGUGUCUGCGGCGAUCCCAUCGCUGAGGCCGGCGAUGACGUGCCAGAUGGGGAUGUCGUGCCCGCCGGCCAGCAAGACCCAGUUCUCCGUCUUCUUCGCGGCGCUCUACCUCACCUCCAUCGGCACGGGAGGCGUCAAGUCCGCCUUGCUCCCCUUCGGAGCCGAGCAGUACGACGACGACGACACCGACCGCCCGGAGCGGAAGCAGUCCUUCUUUAGCUGGUUCUUCGCCGCCAUCAAUCUGGGCAUCUUCAUCGCCGGCACGCUCGUCUCCUGGCUGGAGCAGAACGUGGCCUGGGCGCUCGGAUUCGGCAUCGGCACUGCGUGCCUGCUCGUUGCCGCGGUGGCCUUCGUGGCGGGCACGCCCUGGUACAGGGUGCAGGUGCCGGCGGGGAGCCCGCUCAAGGACAUCAUCAGGGUGCUCGUCGCCGCCUUCAGGAAGCGCAGCCUGAGGCUGCUAGACGAAAACGGCGCUGCUGUGGUGCUGCACGAAUUGGAAGCCGCGGACGACAAGUCUGGUGCUGGGCUGCAGCGGCUGACACGCACCAAGGGGUUGCGGUGCCUGGACAAGGCUGCUGCCCCUGCCAUGGAGAAGGAGGAGGAGGAGGAGGGCCCGUGGGCGCUAUGCACGGUGAGCGAGGUGGAGGGCGUGAAGAUCUUGGUCCGGAUGCUGCCCAUCUGGGCGACCUGCGUGCUGUACGCGGCGUCGCUGGGGCAGAUGACCACCACCUUCAUCCAGCAGGGGAUGGCCAUGGACACCAGGCUCGGGGGCAGAUUCAAGGUGCCCGUGGCGUCUCUGGUGUCCGUGGAGGUGGUUUUCAUGCUGCUGUGGGUGCUGCUGCACGACGCCGCCAUCAUCCCGGUGGCGAGGCGGCUGACGGGCCGGCCUGGCGGUCUGACGCAGCUGCAGCGCAUGGGCGUGGGGCGGUUCCUGGUGGUGGUGGCCCUGGCGACCGCGGCGCUGGUGGAGAGGCGGCGGCUCCGUGCCAUCCACCAGGGGAGCGGUGACGGUGAGACGCUGAGCAUCGUGUGGCAGGUGCCGCAGUUCGUGCUGGUGGCCGGGUCGGACGUGUUCUGCGGGAUCGCGCAGCUGGAGUUCUUCUACGGGGAGGCCCCUGCGGCGAUGCGCAGCAUCUGCUCGGCCUUGUCGUUCCUGGCGCUGUCGCUGGGGUUCUAUGUGAACUCGCUGGUGGUGACGCUGGUGGCGGCCGUGACGGGGAGGCCCGGCUGGCUGGCGCCGGAUCUCAACGCGGGGCACCUGGACUACUACUUCUGGCUGUGGACGGUCAUCAGCGUGGCGAACCUGCUGCUGUACAUGGUGAUCGCCGGCCGGUACACGCCCAAGCAGGUCGCCGCCGGCGUCGACUCCGAUGAAUGAUUGAGUGAUACAGUAGAGUCGAGUCAUACAGAUGCUGAAUUAGCUAGCUAACUAGGAUACAGACAUACAGUUGGAUCGUUUCGUUUCGUUGUAAUAACCGUAACCUCCUGUAAAAUCUUUUUUUAUUAUGUUUGUUUGUUUUUUCACAAAGGGGAACUCUAUUCUUAACCCUA